AUGAUCUCAUGUCCAUUAUUUAUUGAAGAAGAACAAUUACAACCUAUACAAACAUCAACUUUUGAAAUAAAACAUACUAUCGAUUUAGAUGAUAAUAAUCAACAAGAAAAUCAAAUUAUACUUGAACAAAAACAUAUUAUAUUAUAUAGCUCAUCUAGUGAAUUAUUAUCAAUACCAAGAAUCAAUAAUAACAGUGAAGAUUAUAUAAUUGGUUCACAUGUGAUUGUCAAUAUCGAUCAUUCUAUAUAUAAUAAAUCAGGUACUAUUCGUUUUAUUAAAGAAAUUUCUAUUAAAACAGGUAUUUGGUAUGACAUUGAACUUGAUGAAUCGAUUAACAUGUUAAAUAUUUAA